CAACUGGAUAUGUUUUAAUUUGUACGUUGCAUCAAUGCAUCAAAUUAUUUCAGCAAACUAUCCUGUCGUACAAAAUAACCGCGUUUUAGUCGGUCAUUCUUUCAAAGAGUUCUACACCUCAGACUGGUUCAGCUGCGUUCAGUCCUGUUAUGACGAACCAGAAUGUAUCUCAUACAACUACCAGAGAUCAGGGAAUUACAUCGAUCUGUGUGAAUUGAAUGACAGUGGAGUUGAGGCGCUCUGCGACAGAGAUAAGUCACUUAUCUACUCAUCCGGCUUUGUAUUUCAACAGAUCAGAGAGACUAAGUUGUCCAAAGAUGAUUUGAAUAUCCAACACACUGGAUUAAUAGUCGAGCAGUCAACGGAGUCAACUACAGCGACAUCGGCAGACAUCGGGACACAAGCAAACUUGCUCUCGCCUCUAAUCAAAUCACCCAUUGAUUCAUAUUCAAGUGACAAAUCCAGACCUUGA